GUUAUGCUUAGUGGAGGUCUUUGAUAUUAUUCUUGUGGUGCGAACUCCAACAAAGGCUACAAUAUUCUUUUUUGUAAAGUUUCAAGUCAAAUUAACAAAAUUUCUUUAAAUAUUUUAUUUUUUUUUUUUUGUACAUUACAAUACAGUUAAAUUAAAAAUAGUAUAUACACAUACGUACAUACUUAUUUAUUUAAAAAAAUAAUAAACAGAAGUAAUAUAAAAUUUUAUUUUAUACGCGAGUGCAUAUAUACACACAUGUUUACAUACAUCGGUAACUACAUACACACACAAACAUAUAAUUGAAAAGAAGAAAAAAAAGUUCAUAAUAAUUUUUUCUUGUUGUUUUUUGAACUUGAAAAUUGAAUUUAAUUGAAUUUUUAUUUUUUUUGGGUUGAAGUUUUCUGAAAGAAUUCUACCAGCAUUUAUUUAAUAGCAUUUUGCAAUUUGACACGUACAUAAUUAUAAAAUUGCCGGCUUUUUUGAAAUUAAAUUGAAAGGAAAAAGGAGUAAAAUAAAAAUAUACUAGGAUUCAGUGAAAAUUCAAUUCAAGAAAACAUACACGUAUCUUAUAUAAAUAAUGGCAGAAAGAUUAGAUGUAAUUAUUUUUGGUGCAACUGGUUUCACUGGAAAACAUACUGUAUAUGAAGCAGUUCAAGUUUUAAAAGAUUUUAAAUGGGAAAUAGCUGGAAGAAAUAAGGAAAAAUUAAAUGGUGUCUUAAGAGAAAUGGGAGAGAAAUCUAAAACAGAUUUAACAAAUAUUCCAACAAUUAUUGCUGAUAUCAGUGAUGAAAAAUCUUUAAAAGAAAUGGCUGAAAAAUGCAAGAUACUUGUAAAUUGUUGUGGGCCGUACAGAUUUUAUGGAGAAGCAGUAGUAAAGGCUUGCAUACAAGCUGGAACACAUCAUGUAGAUGUUAGUGGUGAGCCUCAAUAUAUGGAAACAAUGCAACUUAAAUAUAAUGACCUUGCAAAAGAAAAUGGUGUUUAUGUUAUUUCAGCAUGUGGAUUUGAUAGUAUUCCAGCAGAUUUAGGAACAGUAUUCCUUGAGAAUCAUUUCGAUGGUGUUGUAAAUUCUGUUGAAACAUAUUUAGAGACUUGGGAAGCAGGCGGUGCUACAGGUGGUUGCGCAGUAAAUUAUGGAACAUGGGAAUCAGCAGUUUAUGGUUUAGCACAUGCUGACGAGUUACGUGGAAUAAGAGCUAAAUUAUUUGAAAGCCGUUUACCGCAAUUACAACCAAGACUUAAAAAUAGAUCAAUUAUACACAAGUCUGCCAUAAUUAAUUCAUACUGCUUGCCAUUCCCAGGAUCAGAUAGAUCAGUUGUAAUGCGUUCUCAAAGGAUAAUGUAUGAAAAUGAGAAAAAACGUCCAAUUCAAAUGAAAGCUUAUGUAGGUUUCCGUUCAUUAAUUGUAACCUUAGGAGUGGCAGUAUUUGCAGCAAUUUUCGGAAUUUUAACACGAUUUUCAUUUGGACGAAAUUUAUUAUUAAAAUAUCCAAAAAUAUUUUCUGCGGGUAUGUUUUCACAUGAAGGUCCAUCAGAAGAAAAAACGGAAAAAACAAGAUUUUCAAUGACAUUUUAUGGUGAAGGUUGGCCUAAAGAAGAAAAAUUAGCUGAACCUACAGAUCAAUAUAAAACAACACCAUCUAAAACAAUAAUUACAAAAGUAACUGGUAAAAAUCCUGGUUAUGGAGCUACUUGUGUCGCACUUUUGGUAUCUGCAGUAACUGUUCUUAAAGAAAAUGACAAAAUGCCUGGAAAUGGAGGAGUUUUACCUCCAGGAGCUGCUUUCGCUAAAACAAAUAUGAUAAACGAAUUAAGAAAAUAUGAAAAUGGAAUGCAAUUUGAUGUUGUUUCAAUAAAAGAAAAGUCUGUUGAAUAAGAAAUAAGUAUGAAACAAGUUUUUACGUUCAAUACUUCAAAAGCAAAAUUGUUUCUCUAAUUUUUUACUUAGAAUAUAACAUUUUUAUAUUUAUAUUUAUUAAGCAAUUAUAUUAAUUAAUCACUUUAACACUUUUUAUAAUUUUUCAUAUGUUGUUUAUUAUAAAGUUAACUAAAAUAAUGCAACGAUUAUGUCACUAAGUGCAAUUCUUAAUUAUUGUAAUAUGGAAUGGAGAC